AUGUCAGCAGCAUUACUUCGUCAAGCAACAUAUGGAACAUUCAAAAUUGGCAUUUAUCAAACUUUGAAGCGUUUAUUUUCAAAAGAUAUAAGCACUGAAAAAUUAUACAUUAAUGUAGUUAGUGGCAUGUUUUCUGGAGCAGUGGCUAAUGCUCUGGCAUCACCGACGGAUCUCUUAAAAAUUCGAAUGCAAGCGAACCAUCCCAGUAUUCAAAACAAAGGAUUGUUUCGUGCCAUUAUUUCAAUUGCGCAAAAGGAAGGCGUUCGCGGUCUUUGGCGAGGCGUCAUCCCUAAUGCACAACGGGCCGCUGUUGUCUCAGGUGUUGAAUUAUCUAUCUACGAUUGGACAAAAAAACAGUUUCUAUGCCGACUGAGUGGAACCGAUACAAUAAGUACCCAUUUUUUAUGUUCUUUUGUUGCCGGUUUCGCAGGUGCCGUAGCAUCGACACCUAUUGAUGUUGUUCGAACACGUCUGAUGAAUCAAAGUCAAUUGAAAGGACAGUUAUCAAAUCCAUUGAGUACGAAUUAUAAUGGUGCAAUUGAUUGUCUCACUAAGACUGUUAAAAACGAAGGAUUCUUUGCACUUUACAAAGGAUUUGUACCCAAUUGGCUGAGACUCGGCCCAUGGAAUGUUGUCUUUUUUAUUGCUUAUGAACAAUUGAAAAAGAUAAAUCCCCGUUCGAGCAAUGAGUCACCAUUGAUAGAUAAACCUUCAACUAACCCCGCGUGA